CCACCCACCAUGUCCCUCCUCGCCUCAGCCAGACACAUCACCCCCGCCCACCGCCUUGCCCCACUCCUCAGGCGUGCCAACUCCACCACCGUCUCCCCCCUCUACCCCCAUGCCCCCGUCUACUCCUACGCCAUGGGCCUCUCGUACGCCGCCAAGUACUCGCCCCCGUUCAUCAGCACCAAGCAGGAAAUCAAGCCGUAUGGCCUCGAUCACAAGCAGGAUGAGGUGGGAGAGUGGGUGAGGGAGAUGCUGGAUUUGAAUGCUGGACGAGGGGAUAUUAGGGCGUCGUUAGAGGAGAUUAAAGAGGUUAGGAGAAAGUAUGGGGCUGGGGAGGACUUUUUCGGACUCACUAGUACUCGAGGCGACCUGCAUCUGGCAGUCUCAGACGGCGUCGGCGGAUGGUCCGAAACCCUCGACGCAUCCCUCUUCCCCCAGCUCCUCUGCUACUACUACACCAAAGCCGCACGCGACCUUGCCAUGUCCAGCACGGGCUCUGUGGACCCGAAGUCGAUAUUGAAAAAGGCGUAUGAGGAUGCGUUGGCGGAUGAUAGGGCGAAUGGGGGCGGGGCGACGAUGGUUAGUGCUAGGCUGGAUGAAGAUGGCCAGGGUGUCUUUUCCAAUCUGGGUGAUUCGGGAUAUCUGAUUCUGCGAGGCGACGAGAUCUUUGAAAUUUCCAAACCUCAAACCCACUUCUUCAACUGCCCCAAACAACUAUCAAAGAUCCCGGCGGAGAUGCGCCACCAAAAGAUCAUUCACGACACCCCCGACAUAGCCGAUGUGAAAUCGUUCGAGCUCAAAGCAGGCGAUACCAUCGCCCUCUUUACGGACGGUUUCUCCGACAACGUCCCCACCUCGCACAUCCCCUCCCUCUCAACCCUCCUCAACCGCAUCCUCAACGACCCCGCCAACGCCUCCCUCUCCCACGCCGAACGCGCCUCCGAACGUGCACGAUUAUUCGCCGACAUGCUGGUAGGCUAUGGACGGUCGGCAAUGCAGAGGACGGGGGAGGAGACGGGGGCGAAUGGGUGGAAGACGCCGUUUGAGGAGGAGGCGGCGGUGAAGCAGCCGAAGUGGGGGUGGAAGGGGGGCAAGUAUGAUGAUAUCACUGUUGUGACUGCUGUCGUUACGGAAGUCGACUAGGACUAACAAAGACGAUACACACUUAGAUGGGAAUGCACAGGGCUUGCAAUGCGCAAACUUUGAACGACCUUUCAAUACUUCUCGCCGCUUCUUGUGCCCUCACGGCGCUAAGCACCUGCAGCGAACAUGAGAUAUCAAGUUGUUUGACCGCUGAUUUUCAUGAUGAGUGACGAUCUUGACUUCCCACGAGCUCGAGAGCCACUCACAUGAUCGACAGAUGGAAGAUUGCAAGACCGAACAACCUUGCUCAGUCCACACGCACAUCCAAUCAAAGAAGCUUGGAUUUAUGGGGGGUAUGGCAGCACAUUUCUCGUGCUGAUUCAGGAGUCGGUCCACCAGGAG